AUGUCCCUAUUCCGCAUAAGUGAAUGGUACUCUAAUCUCUAUCCGAACGCCUCAUGUAUCACCGUUGGAUCGCUCAUCGAAACUCGAGAUCAGUUGCUGAUUGGUGGUGAAGAUGGUGUGCUGACGAUACUGGACCCAGGCGGAAGCGAAAAGGAUCCAGUGCUGCUGGAGCAACCUAUAGGACGGCCUAUCAUCGACAUUAUCAUUGGAGAAUUCCUCACUAGCGUUGGAUCUGUUCUGGCGGUACUGACACCUUACACUCUGUCCUACUUCAAGCUCAGCUAUGAUGCCACAGACCAGUCGCGAACGAAAUUGGAGGAGAUGUUUUCACAUCAAACGCCUGAACAUGCCUAUAACAUGUGCACGAUUCCGUCCACAGGAACUCAGCAGUUGCUCGUGCAAUCCAUCGGAUGCGUGCUCACUCUCUAUCAAGCUCUCCAUCCUGGACCAGUAUCCUAUUGCUACCCGUCGUCCUCCUUAGUUACUUCAAAUGGAGGACAACUGCAUAGUGUGAAGUUCAGCCUGCUAGCAGGUCUUGGCAACACCGUGCAAAGGUUACGUUCGAUUGGACCUUCAAUUUGGGAGACACGUGCGUAG